AUGAAUUAGUGUCUAGAUUCAACAACCAUCAUCUUCCAUCAUCCAAUCCCAAAGAAAUCCAACUAAUCAAUUCCCCAAAUUAAUCAAUACCUCAAAACACAUAUGCUAACACAGAAACCACCAACACAGUUAUCACUAUAAAUCAUCACACUCCCACUACUUCACUUUUUCCACCAUUAAAGUACAAAACCCAGAAAAUUUGAUCAACAAUAACAAUGACUUUUAGUAAGGGGAAGAACAUCAAUACUGGAAUUUCACCAUCAUCUUCAUCUUCUUCUCCAUCUUGGUUUUCGCAUUUCUGGGAAUCGGCUCGCCGGACUAAACCCAUUGAACCCAAUUUUUCCGACGUCCGUACAAAUUCCGGCGACGGACUUGUUCGACGGUUGGGCCUUUUUGAGCUUGUUCUCAUUGGUAUUGGCGCUUCUAUUGGUGCCGGAAUUUUUGUUGUUACUGGUACUGUUGCUCGUGAUGCUGGCCCAGCCGUGACACUCUGUUUCAUAAUUGCUGGAGUAUCAUGCAUACUCAAUGCACUCUGUUAUGCUGAGCUAUCUUCCCGUUUUCCUGCUGUUGUUGGAGGAGCAUAUCUGUAUACGUAUUCCGCUUUUAAUGAGCUCACUGCUUUCUUGGUGUUUGCACAAUUGAUGCUUGACUACCACAUCGGGGCAGCUAGUAUUGCAAGAAGCUUAGCCAGCUAUGCCGUUGCUUUACUAGAACUAUUUCCCUCUAUCAAGGGAAAUAUUCCUAGCUGGAUAGGACAUGGUACUGAUGAUUUCUUAGGAGUUUUUUCUAUCAAUGUGUUAGCUCCUAUCCUCUUGUUCAUCCUUACAAUAGUUUUAUGUUGGGGUGUCGGAGAAUCUUCAAUUGUGAACUCCUUCAUGACUAUCACAAAGGUAGUCAUUGUGAUUAUUGUAAUUAUCGCUGGGGCUUUUAAGGUUGAUGUAUCAAACUGGUCUCCUUUUGCUCCUAAUGGUUAUGGGGCAGUUUUUACUGGAGCAACUGUAGUAUUUUUUGCUUACGUUGGAUUUGAUGCUGUUGCUAAUUCUGCCGAAGAGUCAAAGAACCCACAGAGGGAUUUGCCAUUGGGCAUAAUAGGAAGCCUUCUCAUCUGCGUAGCAUUAUAUAUUGGUGUUUGCUUGGUGAUCACGGGAAUGGUUCCUUACAAUCUUCUUGGUGAAGAUGCUCCAUUGGCUACGGCAUUCACAGCCAAAGGCCUGAAAUUUGUCUCUGUUCUGAUCAGUGUUGGUGCUGUUGCUGGGCUUACAACUACCCUUCUGGUCGGUCUCUAUGUUCAGUCUCGUCUAUACCUUGGCCUUGGAAGGGACGGCUUAUUACCUCAACUAUUUGCUAAAGUACAUCCGAAGCGGCGCACACCUAUAAAUUCUCAGUUCUGGGUGGGUCUUGUUGCUUCGGUCAUGGCAGGGCUACUCAAUGUGCACGUGCUUUCUCACAUUCUUUCAGUUGGGACAUUGACAGGCUAUUCCGUUGUGGCAGCCUGUGUUUUAUCACUCCGGUUCGAAGAAAAAUCUGUUAGUCAAGCAUCACCCAGAUGGUGCUCCAAAUGGGCAGAAGGUGUAAUUUGGCUGGUUGUGUUGGCUUGCUGUGGAUUCGGAGCUGGAGUAAUGUACCGAUUUGGUGCUUCGUACUUCUUCUUGAUCAUACCGUUGACCAUAGCUCUUGUUGCUUUAGUGGUCCUCUAUCUCCGCCAAGUAUAUACAGAUGCACCAGGGUUUUCCUGUCCAGCAAUCCCCUUCUUGCCUGCUCUAUGCAUUUUCUUCAACAUAUUCUUGUUUGCUCAGCUGCACUAUGAAGCAUGGGUGAGAUUUAUUGGUAUAAGUCUCAUUACUGUAGGCAUAUAUGCUUUCUAUGGCCAAUUUCAUGCCAAACCGAGUUCAGGUGAAACAAUUGUCUACCAUAGGACAUCUCCUGAGAGUCCACAUUCACGUUAAUCGUUGCAAAGGCGUAAAUGAGCACAAAUGUACAAUUGAGUGUAUUGUAUUCUUAAUUUCUUCUUCCAUUCAAUGCCGGUGUAUCCAAACUGGUGAACUACCUGCUGAUUGUUAGUUUACUUGCAAAUCUGAUGUGUGUACAUGCUAUUGUAAUUAAUCAAUUAAUGAUUUACCACGAAUAUAUAUUUUUUCUCA